AUGAAUUCCGACUUAAACCCACCUACAUCGACACCAAGAUACUUCUUCCUUCCUUCCUUCCUUCCUCCCUACAGCAAACGUACGACCUCUUCACUGAGCAUGUCGACCACACACCAUAGUGAGCCUGCUACAAUGGCGACGGGAACAGCCCCGAAACGACUCCGAUUCGACCUCUUCACUGAGCAUGUCGACAACACACAUAGUGAAGCCUGCUACCAAAUGGCAUUCAACACAUUCAAUUCUUUCCCUACUUCCCUACCAAACCUACGAAUCGACAAAAGGAUGGAAUGGAGGAUAGACUUGAUGGCAAGAGCAUGGGAGACACAGGGCAAAUCUACAGUGAAGCUCCCAGGCCAGGCUGCCAACAGGUGUUGGAGGAUAACAUGCAUGCGUUGGAUUUUCUUCAAUUCUACGGAAGGACUAUGGCAAGAAGACUGGGCAAGGAGAAGAAUUCGGAGAAUCUUGCUGGCACGCAGGCAAGAUGUGGACUAUAUCUCCGGGAUCUCUGAAGGACAAUGCAGGCAUGGCACAGUCAAGACCAGCAUGCGAUCCGGCAAAACCUCGGACAUGGUGUUUUUGAACGAAUUGAAACCAUCCGAUGUUCUUCAGAAAAUCGCUCUCCGGUCGAAACCUACACGGACUAUGGAUGUUUGGAGAUAUAAGGCAAGCAAUGGGCGUGCAUCUCCGGUCUACCAGCCAUGGGGGCCAUGGCUAUUGAGAGGGGGGGGUAGUGUUACGAGCGUACCCUUGACACACCACUCAGCCCUAUGGCUAGCGGGCCUUGGCGGAGGCAUCCCCUACUAUAUCAUGCCUCCUUCCCACCUACAUAGUUCGGUAGCCUUAUUAUCCUCGUUCUACCUCACCCAUACUGGUAUCGCACCUAUGCUGGUCCUGACAUUCUCUUCAUACUACAAUAUAGAGUUAUCACACACAUCAUUGAGUUUCUAA